AAAGCCACACAGCCAACGUUUAUUUUUUCCAACAGGCCUGAAACGCCAUCACGAUGCUGACUUCCAUCCAGCUGAUCACUUCUUUGCUUCUUUGGACCAGCACCGGCGAGAAGCUUUUCCACCAUCGCGAUCACUCGGAUUUGCAGGUGUUCAACGCCCAGCAGGCUCAGACCAUAACGGACGAAUACACAGCAGAGCUCUUCCUAUCGAGAUACGGCUUCAUGAAGCCAGUGAGGUGGGCGGAGACGCGGGACAGGUAUGAGGAUCUCGACGACAAUUAUGAUUUCCUUGACGACCUCCAAGCGAGCAUCCAGGAGGGCACCACGGUGCCUCAUUUCAGGGAUCGCCCUCCUCUAGAAGGAGAAAACCAAGCGUUGACUGCAGCACUUAAAGACUUCCAGAGGCUGUCUGGCCUUCCAGUGACUGGCGCUUUUGACGACGCCACCAAAGAGGCCAUGAACAAGCCAAGGUGUGGCGUCCCCGACAAGGAAAUAGAGCAGGAACCGGAGGACCCUAUGGAAGUGUCCAGUCCUGGACCUGAACUUGAGGAGAGUCUGGCCUUAGAUGCUGAAAACGGCACAACUUUAGACACUUUCAAUGAGACUGACAGCAACUACACAAUAAGCGACACCCCCCCUCGUGUCGCUAACGACUCUGAAACAGACCAGGUGAACGUUAACGGCACGGUAAGUGCUCUCUCUGACACCAACGCCACCAAUUUCCGCGCCGAUUUCACGACGAGCUCCUCCCGGGAUUACCACUUGGCGAAAACGCGGUCAGGCCCAGCGGUGACACGCAGGAAACGCCACCUGGCCGCCCUGGUGACCAAGCGCAGGCGGCACAGGAGGGACCUGAGCGAGAUGGGCCACGUGGCCUUCAGCAAGAACGUCCUGAGGUGGCGGCUGAUGGGCGAAGGCUAUAGCAAUCAGCUGUCCAUCGAGGACCAGCGCUACAUCUUCAGGCUGGCCUUCCGCAUGUGGAGCGAGGUGUCACCGCUCCAGUUCAUGGAGGACAACGGGUCACCGCUGGAGGACAUCGACAUCAGACUGGGCUUUGGCACAGGAAGACAUCUUGGUUGCAAUCAGAGGUUUGAUGGCAGCGGUCAAGAGUUUGCUCACGCCUGGUUUCUGGGCGACAUCCACUUCGAUGACGACGAACAUUUUACAGCGCCGAACACCGGCAGUGGAAUUAGCCUCCUGAAGGUGGCAGUUCACGAGAUCGGACACGUUUUAGGGCUACCCCACAUCUACAGACCCGGAUCCAUCAUGCAGCCCAGCUACCUGCCCCAAGAGGCCGCUUUUGAAAUGGGCUGGAUGGACAGGAAAGCCGUACAGAACCUCUACGGCGCCUGCAAGGGCCGCUUCAGCACCGUGUUCGACUGGAUCCGACGGGAGAGGAGCCCCUACGGCCAAGUGGUGGUCCGUUUCAACACCUACUUUAUGAGGGAGGGCUGGUACUGGCUGUACGAGAACCGCAACAACCGGACGCGCUACGGCGACCCGGUGCCGCUGCGGAUCGGCUGGCGGGGGCUCCCCGCGGAUGGAGUGGACGCCUAUGUGCACGUUUGGUCUCUGAAGCGAGACGACAUCUACUUUUUCAAAGGUACUCAGUUCUGGAAGUACGACAGCGACAACGACAAGGUCUUCGGACAGGACCCGCAGGGCCGCCGCUAUCCCAGGAUGAUCUCCGAGGGUUUCCCGGGAAUCUCCGGUCCCAUUGAUACGGCCGUGUACGACCGAAGGGACUCGUGCAUUUACUUCUUCAAAAACACCCUUGUGUACGCCUUUAACGUGGAGUCCAACGGCAUGGCACCGGGUUUUCCGAAAGCCAUCCAAAAGGCGUUCCCGCCGGUGUCUGGCGGAGACCACCCGGGCGGUAACAUCGACGUUGCCUAUUUCUCGUACGCACACAACGCCGUCUUCCUCUUCAAGGGCCGGCGCUUCUGGCAGGUGGUGAGCGGCCGCGACCGCCGCCGACGCCCCUUCCUGCCGCGGAACGGCCUGCUGCCGCACAAGGAAGUGGAUCAGCACUGGUUCGACAUCUGCGACGUCCACCCGACCGCACUCACGCUAACUAGAUGAAGAGGUACUUGGAAGUCAAUCCAUUGAUAAUGCAACGUAUCCUAAAGUAUUCACAGCGCGUACUUUUUUUUUCCUCAUUUCGUGACAGCCUUAUUCCCGAAAAUGAAUUCCAUUUAAAUUUUGACAAAAACUAUUUUGUUGGCUAGUCUCAAGUCUUUUUUUUUUUUUUUUUUUUUGCAUUGAAAGAAAAAUCUCAAAACCUCUUUGCCACUCGAACCGCUGACUUCUUUGCCACUAUCGAUCAAAAUGGUGUCCUUUAAAUUAAAUGUGAAUGAAAAA